CAAUACUAUACUGUGGUAGAUCUGUAUCGUCGUCCUCGAUUAGGCGUUUCGAUUCAUCAUCCAAUACGAAGGCUUAGGUUUUCUGAGUUCAGUGGGUCAUUUGAAGCCAAUCUGUUGGGGAAAUAACAUGGCAAGAAAUUGCGCAGUUGCCAUAAUUUUAAUAUUAACCCUGGCAUCAGUGGCGUCGAAUUCUUUGGCUUACAGACCCGGAGACAUCGUUCCCAUGAGCAGAAUGGGUCAAUACCACGCUUCGAGAACUCCUUGGCAUGACAUGAUUGGUCGCCACUGCCCCAUCUUUGCCGUUAAUCGUGAGGUAUUAGUUCCGGUACCAAAGCCAACGGGUUACACUGGAGCUGAUCCCUACAAAUUAUCAUUUCAAGUUGGAAGAGAAAAAUUUUAUAUUCCGUGGCUUUUUGUGGUAAACCGGAAGAGUUCUGAAGUUCCUAUGAUUGAUGUGCAUUUGAGGUACUCUGGAAGCGAUUUGCUUGGGAUCACUGCAAAAGUUCUAGAUAUGCCUCAUCGCUAUGUUGAACUUCAUCCUGACAUUCGUAAACAAUUUUGGGAUCCACAACAUUGGCCAAAGCAUGUGCUUGUCAGAUACACAUGGGAGGAGCAGUCUGAGAUAGACGUGGCUUCUGGAUUCUUUGUUCUCUUUGGAUCAGGGCUUCUAGUGUCAUUUAUUCUCUCGAUCUACAUUUUGCAAUCAUCUCGAGAUAAAUUAGCAAGGUUCGUGAGAGAGACUGUUGCAGAAAGCAGCAUACCUGGUGGAGGAGUGGCGAAAGUUGAAUGAGGAUAUUUCAUCUGUCCGUGCUUUGAUUGUAUUGUUAGCAGGGUAUGUCUACACUGUUGUUGACAACUCGUAGUUCUUAUUUGCUCAGGAGGGUCGUUCCUCUAUCCCUUUCACUCUUGUUUUGGUGUUGGGAUGGGGGGAAUAGUGAUAUAGAAUUGAGUGACAGAAAAUUUUGAUUUUGACUGUUAGACUUGUAAUUGACCGGGAUUCGAAAAGAAUUCUGAAUAUACAGUUUAAACUGUGCAGCCCCGGGGGUUGGGGUGAGUAAAAAAAGAAUAUUCUGUGGAAUUAAAUGACAUAAUAUUUAUACUUGGACUUGGAACUCUGGACAAUUCAGAAGUUG